AAAGUAACAGAAUCGUUGUCAUAAUUAUUUCUGAACAUUUUUGAUGAAGCUGUCCAGAGAGAAAAAAGAAACUGAAAAGAGAGAUGGAGGUAGAUGGAUUGGGGAGUUGUGCCAGAGAACGCGGCGUUGGGGUUGCUCCUCCUUUCAUUACUACCGGUAUUGACCCGAUGUUGGCACGAGCCUGUUCGGGCGGGUAAGUCUUGCUUGGCGCCCUACCCUAUCAUACUUCUUUCGGAAUCUGGGCUUUUCCACGGACAUCCCUCUCGUCUUCUCGCGGACUUUGUUUGAAUUCACAUUACCAUACAGAUUCCGGGCCACUUAUUUCUCCUCGUAGUCUUCUAUCUCCUUUUCGUUGACCCUUGCAGCGAAAAACUGCGACGCGGGGUCGAAGUUGAAAAGCCGGGUAAGCGACCACUUAUCUGAUCGCGGGGUUUAAGUACCGUGAUCCGAUAAACGAAUUUUCUACUGGUAUGAUUGAUAAUAUUAUGAUUAAUAAUUCUGCUUUUUCCUCCCUAGAGCCACCGUUUUAAUCGCUCUGCUCCACAAAGGCAACUCCACCACCGCUAUCAUCAUUGUUCUCAUCGCCCCUCAGAACACAGAAUACGAAAACACAAAUUGCCAUCGCCCUGAAUAAUCUUUCAUUCCUUUCAUUCCUCCUAGAUAUUCUGCAACGCUCUUCCCUUGUCACAAUGACUCCACACUCCAUUCUCCCAGACACCGCUCCAGAUUUUGAACCCGCCACAACCAUAAAUACCAAUUCUCAAGCUCUCGUUCUGUGCCCACCUGCUGUAUCUUCUCACCCCGACUUGCUCGAGAAAUCUCUCUCCAUAUUUGAUAAAAGCUCGACGGAUGUCCAAAUGUUGGACAGACUUUCGUUGAAAGUCGUCACCCUUCCAACCAGCACCUACUCAUCCGUUCUUAUCCUCGCCGACCCGUCCUCGAAUACUGCUUCUCUAGAGCUUGAGCCUUAUGUCCUUCAAUGUAUUUUCAACUCAAUGCUUCCAAAAGCUACGCUUAGGAGCCAAGAAGAAACUUUCGCGAGAGUGAACACACUUCAAUUUCUUGUUGCGGGAUUCAUGGUUGAGAAAGAUGUCAACGGAAGCGUCGUAUUGGUUAAGCCAGAGUUUACCGGAAACGCAUCGGUUCCGUUGAAGUCGCGAAGAAAACAAAGAGUUGAUGAUUCGAGCGAGCUCAAUUCUGCCAUGCUCGAGUCCGUUCCCACCGCCACCGAAGCGCCCGUCAUCAGAGGUGUUGGUUUCGUCCUCAACGAUGAUGACUUAGAGGACGAUGACGAUCUUAUUGAUGAAGAUACUCUUUUGGAGACCGGCGAUCUCGGCACGCUCAUUCAACGUAUGUUUUCUCUUUCUUUUCGAAACCCACCGAUGCAAUGCUAACGUUCUCUACCCUAGCUCCCCAGUGUAGGCCCGACCCGGGAAAGCGUAGACGUGCUUGCAAGGACUGCACCUGUGGGCUGCGUGAAGAGCUAGAAGGCGAAGACAAAGUGAAACGUGAAGCUGCAGACAAGGCAUUGGCAGCUGCAAAGGAGAAAGCUUCUGCUGGGGUUAAGCUCACUGUCAACGACCUUGCAGAGGUUGACUUCACUGUGGCAGGAAAAGCAUCUUCCUGUGGAAGCUGUUACCUUGGUGAUGCAUUCAGGUGUGCUCAGACUCCAUGAUAUCACAAAAUUUGCGCGGGCAUCUAACUAAUUAAUCUAUCUCUCGCGCUCUAGAUGCGCAGGGUGUCCAUAUAUCGGUCUCCCAGCCUUUAAGCCUGGGGAGCAAGUUACAAUUGAUAUAGACGACGACCAACUGUAAACUUAUGUCCUGUUUAACUCAUCUUCUGGUUAGCUUUGCUUUUCUAGAUUCGCUUGGCUCAUGGGUCUGCGCUCAAGUCAAAUUUCAUGUUCUAAUAGGGAAAUGGUCAUGGUUGUAUUUUAGGUCUGGUUUUUUUCUAGAGGGGGUUUGGGCAAUACACUGUCUAGUUGCUUGUCACAUUUUAUUUUCUUACCAGCUUUCCACUUUUCAAUCUGGCGUCUUGUUCUGCGAUGGGUGAGGGUUGAAUUUGUCGCGAAACGAGUUGUUUUAGAUGAGGGAUGGCUGGUGGUGUUACUGGUAUCGGGAUUCUGAUGUUCCUUUUGGAGGUGGUGAUCACUUGCUGUUGUUGUUUACCUCGCAAGUCGUGCAGUUAAAUUCUUACGCCCUAUU